AAUUGAAUCAAAUUCGUAAUUUUGAUGAGGUUUCCAAAAUCUCUGUAUUACCCCAAAUUGAAAACUGAACCCUAAUUUCAUCCCCAAAACCCUAAUUCAAUUAUUCAACCAAAGUUAAAUCAAUAAAAUUAUAUAGAUAGAUUGAUAUACAUAACAGAUAUAUAUGUAUAUAUGGAUACACAUUCAUCGCACUUAACAGCACCGCUCCGAUCACGGAGUUCACAAUCACCAUCACCGUCACACUCCGCCUCCGCUUCCGCCACGUCAUCAAUCCACAAACGCAAGCUCACCGCCGCGACGGAAGACCACGCGCCGCCGUUCUCCGACACGGUGACUUCCGAGAGCAUCAGCGCUCGUGGCGGCGGAGGUGACUCGGAGGAUUCGGAGGAGGAGUUUGCUGAUGACGAUGAGGAGGAUGAGUUUGAUGAUUCGUCGAUUCGGAAUUUUACGGCGUCUCGUUUGGAGAAUAACGUUGGGCGGAACGUGAAGCCGAAAACAGAGAGUGUGGUGAAAGUUGAGCCAGUUGAGGUUGGGAAGGAUGGCGGUGGGAGCGGUGCGGGUGGAGCGGGUGGAGCGGGUGCGGUUUCGACUCCGGUUGCGACGCCUGGGAGUGUUGGAAAGGAGGAGACGGUUAAGAGUAUAUUUACGGAGAAUUUACAGACGAGUGGAGCAUAUUGUGGGAGAGAAGAGAGUUUAAAAAGAGAGGAAGAAGCUGGAAAACUUAAGUUUGUAUGCGUAUCAAAUGAUAAAGUUGACGAUCAUAUGAUUUGGUUAAUUGGACUGAAAAAUAUAUUUGCAAGGCAACUACCUAACAUGCCAAAGGAAUACAUUGUUCGCCUUGUUAUGGACAGAGGCCACAAAUCUGUAAUGGUCAUCAGGCGCAAUACUGUUAUGGGUGGCAUUACAUACCGGCCUUAUGUCAGCCAAAAGUUUGGAGAGAUAGCUUUCUGUGCAAUCACAUCAGAUGAGCAAGUAAAGGGAUAUGGCACGAGACUGAUGAAUCAUUUGAAGCGACAUGCACGGGAUGUGGAUGGGCUUACUCAUUUUCUGACAUAUGCAGACAACAAUGCCGUUGGUUAUUUUAAUAAACAGGGCUUUACGAAAGAUAUUUUCUUGGAGAGAGAACGGUGGCAUGGGUACAUUAAAGAUUAUGAUGGAGGGAUCCUUAUGGAGUGUAAAAUUGAUCCAAAGCUUCCAUACACUGAUUUAUCAACCAUGAUUCACCGUCAGAGGCAGGCAAUCGAUGAGAAAAUAAGAGAGCUCUCAAACUGUCACAUUGUCUAUCCUGGUAUUGAUUUCCAAAAGAAAGAAUCUGGAAUUCCGAAAAGGGUAUGUAAGCUUGAAGAGAUUCCUGGUUUGAGGGAAGCUGGGUGGAGUCCUGAUCAAUGGGGACAUUCUCUAAUUAAAUUUGUAAAUGCAUCUCCUGAUGGUACCCCAAAGCCAAAGUUGACAGGCUUCAUGCGGUCAAUUUUAAAGGCAAUGCAUGACCAUGCUGAUGCCUGGCCUUUUAAGGAACCUGUAGAUGUUCGUGACGUUCCAGACUAUUAUGACAUCAUUAGAGAUCCCAUGGAUCUUAAGACCAUGUCAAAACGGGUGGAUUCAGAACAAUAUUAUGUAACACUUGAGAUGUUCGUUGCUGAUGCGAAAAGGAUGUUUGCCAAUGCUCGAACCUAUAAUUCUCCAGAAACUAUUUAUUUUAAAUGUUCCACCAGGCUGGAAUCAUUCUUCUCAGGUAGAGUUAAGCAGGCUCUGGAAUCGUUUCCAACAGUUCAGCAAUAAGAAAUGGAAUCGAGAGAUAUCUAAUUGGUACAAAUAUAAUGUUUGUUAUAUUUAUGUUAUCUUGAAUCUAUAGAUGUACCAAGAGUCUGGUCCUGACAGGUCAGAAUGAUUUAGAAAUGCGACAAACAAUUGGGUUUGUAUUGGUAGAUACAUUCCUCACGAGUCCAUACCAGUUAUUUGUUAACCAUGUAUGUAGGUAUGUGGUCGAACCAGGGCUGUCUGGUCUCAGAUAGAAUUCGGAUGAGUUUUAUAGGCAUUGUAUUUGUAGUCUUGUUAUACGUUUAAAAUAUAAUUUAUAUCAAGCAAUUCUUAGCUGGUUA